AUGGUCCGCAACAUUGUCCUGCUCGGCGGCAACUCGCACCCGCAUCUGACGGAGAGCGUCUGCAACAUCCUCUGCAUCCCGCCCGGCGACCGCAUCCUCGGCAAGUUCUCGGGCGGCGAGAGCCGUUGCGAGAUCAAGGACUCGGUUCGCGGCAAAGAUGUCUACAUCAUCCAGUCCGGCUCCGGCUGCGUCAAUGACAACCUCAUUGACCUGUGUAUCAUGAUCUCGGCCUGCAAGACGGGCUCGGCAAAGCGCGUCACCGCCGUCAUCCCCCUCUUCCCCUACUCGCGACAGCCCGACUGGCCCUACAACAAGACGGGCGCCCCGCUGUCCAAGUCCUCCGACGCCCAUUUCGCAAAGGACUACACCUUUGAGAGCGUGCCGGCCACGCCUCGCCCCGGCGUCCCCCGCACCAACGGCCUCGGCAUCGCAAACGGCGCCCACAGCCUUGCCGAGAAGCUGUCCAAGAGCGUCAUCGCCGAGGACGCCCCGGCCGAGUCCAGCUUGCCCAAGCGUUCUGACACCCUCUCCAGCGUCGGCUCCAACGGCCGCCCCGCCUCCUCGCUCACAAACUUCACCACGCACGACUACGAGAACCCCAGCAGCAUCUCCGCCUUUCAGCCCAAGCCCGGCUACAAGCAAUGGGUUGCGCAGGCCGGCACCCUCAUCGCCGAUCUCCUCACCUGCGCCGGCGCCGACCACAUCAUCACCAUGGACCUCCACGACCCCCAGUACCAGGGCUUUUUCGACGUCCCCGUCGACAACCUCUACGGCAAGCCCCUGCUGCAAAAUUACAUCAUGAAGCACAUUCCCGACUACAAGGAGGCUGUCGUCGUCUCUCCCGACGCCGGCGGCGCCAAGCGAGCCACGGCCAUUGCCGACGACCUUGACAUUGAGUUUGCUCUCAUCCACAAGGAACGCCGUCCCAUCAAGUUUACCGAACAGCGCAACGCCAGCAUGAUGCUCGUUGGCGACAUUGCCGACCGCGUCUGCAUCCUCGUUGACGAUCUUGCGGAUACCGCAAACACCAUCACUCGCGCCGCCAAGCUGCUCAAGCGCGAGGGCGCAACUCGUGUCUACGCCCUCCUUACCCACGGCAUCUUCAGCGGAGAUGCCAUCCCGCGCCUCAACGCCUCGGCCAUUGACAAGAUCAUUGUCACCAACUCGGUCCCCCAGGAAGAGCACCGCCGCCUGUGCCCCAAAUUGGAGGUUCUGGAUAUAGCCCCCGUCUUUGCCGAGGCCAUCCGCCGCGUCCACCACGGCGAGUCCAUCAGCAGGCUUUUCCAGCACGGCUAA